GGCUUACAGUCCCCUCUAUGUACCAUGUAUAGUUUCCCGUUUCAGAAGUUUUGUGAUGGUGUUUCCUUUUGUUCGUUGCUCUUCGCCCUCGGGUUUUCAUUAGCCAACAAGCUUGUGUGGAGACCUUGUGUGGAGACUCGUACAUGAAACCUUGUGUGGAGACUUUUUUUUCUUCUCUCCUUAUUAACUUGUCUUAUGCAGGGCGUGGUUGAAAGGGGUGCCAUCGUCUUUUUCUCUUUCUUUCUUUUUUGUUUGCGGGAGGGUGUCGUGAUCUUUAACACUAAUUGCGAUUUGGUCUAAAUAAUUCUUUCGAUGGGUGUAGAUGUGCUAUUUGAGCAACAUAGCAGAAGGGGAAAUUCUAAAUGCGGAAAUUUAAUCUUAUAAACCUAGCGGUAUUUCUACUUUAAAAGUGUCAACAAUAAUUGAAAAACACACACACACACACACACACACACACACACACACACACACAAAGUCAAAACUUAACCGUAUAAUUGUUGUGGCCAUUUUCCACAUGUGUGAACAUAAUAACAUUACAAUUUAAGCUUCAAAACUUGUGUUUUAGCUUUCUCAUUUUCUAAUCUUCACUCGGGUUUCACAAUGAGCUAUUUUAUCAAAAUUCACACGAGUUUGUUUCUAUCAAAUACUAGUUACUCGGAUUUACAAAUUACUUUGCCCGAAAGUGGAGCGAAGCCCCAACCAAACCGUGAAGAUCGUAGCCUUGCCGAUGAGGGUGAGCCAUGACCUCGCUGGAGGUGGGUAGGAUUAGACAACACUCAAGCUUGAGACAACCUACAACGACAUCCCCAGUGAGAGCCGGGCGGGGGCGCUCACCGGAUGUGAGGUAGGGGGGCAGGCUGGGGGAGAAGGGGUUGAAAUCAUGGGUUGGGUGAGGAAGACGAACCAUGUCACUUGUAUGGAAAGAAGAACAAGAAGAACAUGGUGUUGGAUUUAAAUCGAGGAAGAGUAAAUAGGCUAAAAUGAAAACAGUGUUUAGUCGCAUGACCCAUAGGUACUCCAUGGUUUUCUUAUAACAAUACAAUUUUUCGCACACACAAAAAAAAACAAUACGAUGUUCGCUAUGUUUCACAUGGCCCAUGUGGGUCGGCACAACACAACCAGCCUAUAAAAAGGCCUAGCACGCACAACCCAUGUCCACCCUCUUUUUUUUUUUGAGGGUAUGUCCACCCUCUGUUUUUUUAGGGGUAUGUCCACCCUCUUAUAAAACUGUCGUGCCAUGCAGGCCCCAAGGCAUGUGCUUGGGUAUCGCGUUGUGACACGUCUAUGGGCCGGUCCGUCGUGUUAGAAAGGCGCAAAGAGCACUAAAAAUGUCAAAAUUUCAGCUUAAAAAGGCCUACACAGCCUAAAAAGGCUGUACUGGGCCGGUAAGGCUAGGCCUUACAAACACGGUGGGGCCCAUGCUCUAAGAAUUCGCUUUGGGAAUCACCGACCUGAGCCCCCUUUUGCUCAAAAAAAAAGAAAAAAGAAAAGAAAGAGCGAAGUCACCCCCCAGCCGCCAUUGCCGCCGCGCCGGCGACAUGCCUGUCGCCGUCGAUGGAGGUGCCUGCUCCAUCUGCGCACCACCAUCUGUACAGAACCUCCAGUUCCGGCGAGUUUCCGCGGCUGGAUGUCUAUCUCCUCCUACCGGCGCCGGCGCCGGCACGUCGGACCCGGGUAUCCGACGCUACCCGCCUCCCCCGCAGCCGUGUUCGGCUGUCGCGCUGUGCUGCGCUCGGGGCUACCAGGAGGCCCUGUAAGGACAGAAGCUCUUACUACUUUUCACCGCCACCCUAACCCUGCAGAGUAGUACUACAGCUUAUGGGUCUGAGUCCUCGGGGAGCAUCCGCAUGGCGCGGCCUGACUGCCCAGACAAGUGUGGUAACGUCAGCAUCCCGUACCCGUUCGGCACCGGAAAAGGCUGCUUCCAAGAACCCUUUACUGUCACAUGCAAUGCCAGUGGGCCAUAUCUAGCUUCAACCAGAGUUAGGAUACUGGACAUCAAUCUUACCAUGGGUGAGAUUCGUGUUCUGAACCCACGUAUAGCAUGGGAAUGCAACUACACCGACGGCACCAAUAGCAGCGGUUUGGAUGGGUUAAGACUUGAUCCUUUUCAUAAGCUUUCCUACACCAAGAACAAGUUGAUAUCGAUCGGUUGUGCUACACUUGGAUUUAUCGGAGGAAUCACCAAGGGCGAGAACCAGCUUUUGUUCCCCAUUGUUAACUCAUGCUUUUCAUUCUGCACUGACGCAAGUAGCAUGAAUGGUAGUACAAAGUGCGUUGGCAUGGGUUGCUGCGAAACCGCCUUUCCAGGAAACAUCAGCUCCUUCCGCACCGAAUCUAGACCAUUAACAAUAUACAACUCUAGCACCCAGCCUUCCCGCCCGUGCAGCUACACAUUCGUUGCUGAGGAGGACUGGUUCAAGUUCAAUCAUUCAUAUAUUAUCUCUACAAAUUUCGCAACUAAAUAUACAGAUGGGGUCCCUUUGGUACUAGAUUGGGUUGUUGGUAAUAAAAGUUGUUCGGAAGCCACCAAGAUGGGGUCACAGUAUGCCUGUCAAGCCAAGAACAGUCAAUGCAUUAAUGUGUCCAAUGGCCCUGGUUACCGCUGCAACUGCUCUCAAGGUUAUGAGGGCAAUCCCUACCUACAAGGAGGGUGCCAAGAUAUCAAUGAGUGCGAACCUCCAAACCAGUCCUUCUAUCCUUGCAAAGGUAAUUGCAGAAAUACCGAUGGAAACUACAUCUGUCUAUGCCCAUCAGGAUUCAGGAGCGAUGAUCCCAAGAGCAUACCCUGCGUUCCAGCUGAUCCAAAGAAAGCGCUGAAGGUGGUUUUAGGCAUAUCCUUCAGUGUUGUCUUCCUCAUGGUUUGUAUCUUUGCUCUACGGGCUGAAUAUCAGAAAAGGAAGCUUGCCGAAGAGAAGGACAAAUUCUUUGAUCAGAAUGGUGGUCAGAUAUUAUAUCGCCAAAUUAUGUCAAAAGAAGUCGACACAUUGAAGAUAUUCACACAAGAAGAUCUGAAGAAGGCUACAAACGAUUUUGACAAGAGCAAAGAACUGGGCAGGGGUGGUCAUGGCACUGUCUACAAGGGCGUUCUGAAGGAUAACAGGGUAGUCGCCGUGAAACGCUCAAAGAUAAUGAACGUGGCCGAAACUGGUGAAUUCGUGCAGGAGAUUAUUAUACUUUCACAGACCAACCACCGGAAUGUGGUCAGGCUUCUGGGCUGCUGCUUAGAGGUGGAAGUCCCCAUACUGGUCUAUGAAUUCAUCCCAAAUGGCACUCUAUUUGAGUUCAUCCAUCGUAGCUACGGGAGUCCACCUCCCUCGCUGGACACCCGUCUUAGGAUUGCUCAAGAAUCUGCCGAAGCACUGGCGUAUCUGCAUCUGUCCAUGAACCACCCUAUAGUGCAUGGGGAUGUCAAGUCUAUGAACAUUCUCUUGGACGACAACUACAUGGCGAAGGUGACUGACUUUGGGGCGUCUAGGAUGCUCCCCAAGGACGCGGCCCAGUUCAUGACGAUGGUGCAGGGCACCCUGGGUUACCUGGACCCCGAGUACCUGCAAGAGCGACAGCUCACGGAGAAGAGUGAUGUCUACAGUUUCGGGGUCGUGCUGCUGGAGCUGAUCACAGGGAAGGCAGCGAUCUAUAACGACGGGCCCAAUGAAGGCAAGAGCCUCGUGCGGUCCUUCCUUCUCGCGAUGAAGGAGGACAGCCUCGAGGACAUCCUGGACCCGAGCAUCGUGCGCGCAGGGACAGAGACGCUGCUGGGAGAAGUGGCCGAGCUGGGGAGGAUGUGCUUGGGUCCCAUGGGUGAAGAGAGGCCUUGCAUGACCGAGGUGGCCGACAGGCUGAAGGCUCUGCGAAGCACCUGGAGGGAAGAGCUGGUGCUGGACCGUGCGGUGACGGAACAUAUGGUCGUGCGCAUGCCACCUGCAGCUGCUCCGAUGCCUUUGGAUCUCGCGUCAUCGUCGUCGGGAGCCCCCUCUACGGCGCCGUCCAUGUCCGGAAUGAGCAUGGAGGCACCCAGAUGAUGGUUUAAUUUGAACCUUCCAUGGGAGUGGUAGUGACUGGAGGAAGUGUGUGCGUUAAGAGGCUUAGAGCGUCCAAGAUUUAUCCACUAUCCAGCAGAAAUGUACAGGUAGUUCUACUGUAUUAUGGGUAUCCAAGUAGAUGUUGGAAUUUGCUGUGUGUUUUGUGUUUCAGUGUGGAGUCUGCAGUGUGAGUGUGAAGGGGCACAAAAUUCAGUUCCCUUUCUUCCGGUAUUCAGUAUGUGAAUCCAGUGUUAGUAUGAAGGGGACAUUCAGUUCGCAGCAACGGAUCGAUCAUCGAUUCAAUUGGGCCAUGCCGACCAUCAUUUGGAUUUAUUUUUUCUUAAAGAAACAUUCGGAUCUAUUAACCAAACAAGUAGGAUAUUCCUACAGGAAGAACACAGGAAGAUUUUCUGGGCAUGGUCGCCGGAUCGCUUCGGAAACUUCUCAGUGCGUUCAGCAUAUAAACUGGUGAUUGCGCUGCAGCGUGAUACAGGUUCAGCAUCAAACUCGCUUACGUGAAGGAAAGCUUCUACGUGCUCAGGCAAUUUGGUAUGAGAAUGGACUUUCUGGCUAUGUCCAUGGAAGCAUAUGCAAUACGUGAUGGUGCCCAGCUGGGGUUUGAUCUUGGGUACAGACAAGUGCACAUUUGAAACAGAUGCACAACUGAUGGUUAAAUUGUGGAAUUCUCUUGAGAGUGACCGCUCGGAGAUAGCUACCGCGGUUAAGGAAAUCCAAGAGCUUUGCGGGGAUUUUGUGGAGUUUCGACUAUCCUACUUUUUUUUUGUGAAAUAAUUCUUGUAUCACUCAAUUUUCAGUCUUACAAUCUCGUCCAACAAUUUUCAGGACUUCUUCUGGGCCAGAGCAUAACCAAACCGCGGUUCGGCCUUGCAACCUACUAAAGUUAGCCAUGAAAUGACUAGCACCGUUACAAUUCCGACGAGUAUGAGCAACAGAAUGAUCUCUCUAACAAUGAAUGCAUACUUCGAUCUAUUUGUGA